AUUUUGUGACUUUGCAUUAUAAUUUAUAAUUUAAAAUGUUUAUUUUUAUCGUCGUCAUACAACACAAUUUACAAUAACAUUUCAAUACUAAUCCUUAUACAAUUAUUUUACUAAUUAUUUACUAUAGUUGCCAUAAUAAAUAACUAUUCGGUAGUCACUACUCACACUUUCAGUUGGAAGUCUGCAACAUACGUCUACAAUAAUCAACUUUGAAAAUACAAUGUUUUCUCUGAGUUUAUUCAAUGACAUACUCCGACCAUUUAACACGUCAUACAGAUGUUGGUCAGUGUCAAUGCUUCCAGGCAGUGAACGAGAAGAUGUUGAACGUGGUGGAAAAAUUAUAAUGCCCCCAUCUGCUCUGGACACAUUGACCCGAUUAAAUAUCAAUUAUCCAAUGUUGUUCAAGCUUACCAACAAAAGAAGCAACAGACAAACGCACUGUGGUGUAUUGGAGUUUAUUGCAGAUGAAGAAAAAAUAUAUAUUCCUUAUUGGAUGAUGAAAAACUUAUUACUGGAUGAAGGAGAUAUGGUGCAAGUUGAAAGUGUUUCAUUAGAAGUAGCCACCUUUUCAAAGUUUCAACCUCAAAAUUCUGAAUUCUUAGAUAUUACUAACCCAAAGGCUGUUUUAGAAAAUUGCUUGCGUAAUUUUGCUUGUCUGACUACUGGUGAUGUAAUAGCAAUUAAGUACAAUCAAAAAAUUUACGAAAUGUGUGUGUUGGAAACCAAACCAGGCAAUGCUGUUAGUAUCAUUGAAUGUGAUAUGAAUGUUGAAUUUGCCGCCCCAGUGGGUUAUCAAGAGCCUAUGCAUGAAAAAAAAACAGCUACAGAAGAAAUGAUGGUUGAUCCUGCUGAUUUAAUGCCAGAACCAACUGGUUUCAUAGCUUUCAAAGGUUCAGGCAAUAGAUUAGAUGGUAAAAAAAAGAAAGAAAAUACUGAUGAUCUACUGAAUCAAGUUAAAGCAGCAUACCAAAGAGGUAUUCCAGAUUAUAAUUAUACCUUAGGAACUAUACAAUUCUUAAGGAACAUCCGUCCUGUUCUUAAUGACAAAGAGAAUGAAAAUCAAGAUGAAUUUAAGCCAUUUGCAGGAUCUGGAUCAGUAUUAAAAACAAAAACAAAAAAAAAAUAAUAUGUAUUUUUUUCAAAACAUGUACAUAUUUGUUUAUUAAUGAGCAUUUAAAUUUUAAAUUGUGUACUUUUUAGUUUUUUUGU